AUGCGGGUGCUGUGUGCGAUUGCGCUAAGCUUUACGGCGGUGGUGGCAUCGACUGUCCGCAAUGGAGAGCGACUGACUCAACCUGUAAACGAUGGUGAGGAACAUGGCGUGCUCACAACACGCUAUGAGAUGUUCGAUUACAAACCCAAGGCACAGGACCUGGCUACAGUGGUGACCAGCGACGGGGGUGUGCGCAUUACUGUACUGACUGAUCGAUUGAUUCGCAUUGAGCAGGGGGUGAAGGAUGAGGAUUGUGAUUGUUACACCUUUGAAGACCGCCCGAGUGUUGCGGCGGUCAAUCGGCACCUGAAAGUACCGAAAUUCGAGACCACAGACAACGGCACUACGUUGUCUCUCACAAGCGAUCAAUGGGAGAUCACUCACGUUAUCGGCAGUGAUUUGGACGACCCAACUGGACAAAGCAUUAAGGUAACACACACCCACACACACUCGCCCCAUCACAGACAAAGCACGAAGGUAACACACACACACACUCACUCGCCCCAUCACAGACAAAGCAUUAAGGUGCAGGCUAUCACUGGGGACCAAUUAAUACAAUGGGACUCCAGCAAGCGAUCAAGCAAAGACAGCGUGGGUGGGGCGCUGUUGGACGAUUCCGAUGGCCCUGUGAUGGAUGAAAAGGACUGGUGGACCGAUAAGUCCGGCAAAGCGUACACCCGUCGCAACAAGGUGGACUGGUACCUGUUCUUGCACGGGCUGGACUACACAGGGGCCAUCUUCGACUACACACAGGUGUUUGGGCGUACCUCUCUGUUACCCAAGUACUCACUGGGCACCUGGUUCACUAGAUUAUAUACCCUUCAUAUCCUUAAAAUGUAA